UUGUCGAGUGUGUUGCUAUCUGCUUUAUCGGUUUUGCGAUUUUUGUGCUGCUGUGAUCGACGCUUUCCGAAAAGCUCGGGAUCAUCCAUGUCGAUAGUCGGGAUGAUCGCUCUCUCUGGGUUAGGUUAGGUUGUGUCAGCUGAUUGUGUACAGCAAAUGCAUACAUAUAUGGAUAGAUAUAAGUGGUAUAACCUCAAUGUAGUUGGUUGCACCGGUUGCACGUGAAGCAAAAUAUACAACGUAAUAGGGGUCAGGGGAUGUCGUAUAACCUCUAGGGAAGAGGUUAAAGGCUCUUAUCCACCACCAACCGGUGGGAAUCUCCAAAAAAAAAAGGAUUACACGUGAUUGUACGCUGUGCUUUUUAAAUGCUUGUGAAUACUUUCGACAAUCAUGACAAACCGAACGCCAACAUAUAGUUUUCGUUCUUGCUUUUAAUGAUCCCCAAUACGAAUUGGAAAUAACUUUUGGUAGUUUUAGCCGAAUCAAGCUGCACUUUUCUCGACGACUUUUCCAAUGCUGCAUAGCUUACGUUGAUUAUUGAAGACCGGCAGGUCUCUCUGGGAAAUCACGAUGUCCACUCCGUUUUUGCACAUUAGUCGAUCGUUGGCGACCGCCGCAAGGUCCAAGCGGCGCGUCGUCGUGACUGGGAUGGGGAUCGUGUGCCCUUUGGGAGUCGGGACGCGAAAUGCCUGGGAAGACCUCGUCAAUUCCAAAUGCGGAAUCGUGCGGCUCUCCGAGCCGGACUACGACAAGCUACCGUGUAAAGUAGCUGCACUGGUGCCGAAGGGAAGCUCAUCCCGCGAGCUCAACGUCGACGCUCACUUUUCGAAGAGUGAACUGCGCACGAUGUGCCCAGCCACCGUGUAUGCGCUGAUAGCCUCGGAGGAGGCACUCGUGGAUGCGAAAUGGAAGCCGACCGAUGAGGCCGACAAGCGCGACACCGGGGUCUCGGUGGGAAUCGGCAUGAUAGACCUAGUGGACGUGUGCAUGACGUACGAAGCUCUGAAGAAGGGAUACAGCAAGGUCAGUCCGUUCUUCGUGCCAAGGAUACUGCCGAACAUGGCCGCCGGGCAGAUCAGCAUCAAGUACGGCUUCCGCGGUCCCAAUCAUUCGGUGUCGACCGCGUGUGCGACGGGCGCGCACGCUAUCGGCGACGCGUUCCGCUUCAUCCGCGGUGGCGAGACGAGCGUGAUGGUGUGCGGCGGCGCGGAGGCGUGCAUCAGUCCGCUGGCCAUAGCCGCGUUCUGCCGGCUGCGCGCGCUGAGCGCGUCGAGGAACGACAUGCCGCGGGAGGCGUCGCGGCCCUUCGACCGCGACCGCGACGGCUUCGUCAUGGGCGAGGGCGCCGCGAUACUGGUGCUGGAGGAGCUGAGCCACGCGCUCGCCCGGAGCGCGCCGAUUUACGCGGAGGUGCUGGGCUACGGUCUGUCCGGCGACGCGUCGCACAUAACGGCGCCGAGCGAGGACGGCACCGGUGCGCUGCUGGCGAUGGACCGGACGCUGAAGGACGCCGGCAUCGAGAUCGCGGAGGUGACGCACGUGAACGCGCACGCCACGUCCACGCCGCUGGGCGACGCGAUCGAGGUGAGGGCGAUCGAGUCGCUGAUGGGCGAGCACAGCAAGAACGUGACGGUAACGAGCACGAAGGGGGCGCACGGUCAUCUGCUGGGUGCCGCCGGCAAUCUGGAGGCCGCCUUCACGAUUUUGGCGAUCAAGGACGGCGUGAUACCGCCCACGUUGAAUCUGCACAACUUGGACAUGGAGACGAGUUUGAGAUUUGCGCCGCAUACGAAAGUGAAGUGGGACGCGACCACGGCGCGUCGAACGGCCCUGAAAAACGCGUUCGGCUUCGGCGGAACGAACGCGUGCUUGUGCUUCGCACAAUACGUCGACUAAUGUCCAUUUUUACCAGUGUAGAUCAACUUUAAUCUCGGUUUAAUUUACUCUUUUUUUUCUAAUUAGAACUAGAAAAAGAUAAAAAGUAAGUU